AUGCACCCUCCCCCCAAAUAAACCCCCCAAACUAUCUAGCAAUACACACCAAACUGAGCAAGUGCAGAGUGCCUCCUAGUGCUCCAUACUCUCAGCAGCAUGGAUUGUGGACUGUGGAAGAAGGGGAGGAUCAGAGAAGACAGAAUCAAACAUCCUUUUUACACAAUGUGGAGGAUUAACCCCCUAAGGUUCCACAGUGAGUAUACCAAGCAUGCUUUAUUGCCAGGCGCGGACUGACAACUCAUGGGGCCCCCGGGCAAUAGGGGAUUAUGGGGCCCCUGUGUCCUCGCCCACACCCACAAAAGCCUAU